AUGGAAUUCGACAUCAUCGACGCCUCCGAAGUCGAUCGCUAUAAGGACAAGAAAAAAGACGGCGCCGCAGAAGAGGAAACCAAAGACCAAAAGCUCGACAUCCUCGAUGACCCCGUCCGCAUGUAUCUCAAGCAGAUGGGCCAGGUCCCUCUCCUCACCCGCGAACAGGAAGUUGAAAUUUCCAAACGCAUCGAAGACGCCGAGAUCGAAGUGCAAAAAUACCUCCACCUCUUCGGAUUCGUCGGGGACAGCUACCUCGCGCUCGCUGAAAAACUCAUGAAGGGCAAAGAGCGAUUCGACCGCGUCAUCCUCGACAAGAAAAUCGAAUCACGUGAGCGCUACAUGAAAGCCCUGCCGAAACUUUGCGAUGGAAUCCGCAAUCUCCAGGAAGAAACAGGCGUCAUUUUCAAAAACUCUCCGUCAAAAACGUCCGAGGCAAAAAGAAACUCGAAGCAACUUUCGCCAAGAAUCUGCAAACCAUCGCACCAAAAAUUCUGGAAAUACACCCGCAAGAAAAAGAGCGCUCAGAACGAAACUGCCAUCAAAGAACUUCAGCUCGAGUCUUGGCACAAUGCUGAGAACUUCACUCUGACGAACGAAAAUCUUCGUCACUGGAUGCGCAAAGCCCUCAAAGCAAAAACCGAAAUGGUCGAGGCCAACCUCCGUCUCGUCAUCUCCAUCGCCAAAAAAUACACCAACCGAGGCCUCUCCUUCCUAGACUUAAUUCAGGAAGGCAACAUGGGACUCAUGAAGGCCGUGGAAAAAUUUGAAUACCGCCGAGGAUACAAAUUCUCCACCUACGCCACCUGGUGGAUCCGCCAAGCCAUCACCCGCUCCAUUGCAGAUCAGGCACGGACAAUUCGAAUUCCUGUCCACAUGAUCGAGACCAUCAACAAACUCAUGCGCGUGCAAAAGCAGCUCGUGCAAGAAUAUGGUCGCGAACCAACCGCGGAUGAAAUCGCGGAUGAAAUCCACCUCCCUGUCGAGCGAGUGCGUGCUGUCUUAAAAAUGGCGCAACAACCCAUUUCACUUCAAGCUCCCGUUGGUGAUUCUGACGACACUUCCUUCGGUGACUUCAUCGAAGAUAAAGCAGCAGAAAACCCCAUGGAGGAAGCUGUUUGCAUGCUCAAGGAUAAGAUUAUCGAAGUUCUCGACACCCUCACCGAGCGGGAACGCGAAGUCCUCGAACAACGUUUUGGCCUCAAAGACGGCUACUCUAGAACACUGGAAGAAGUCGGUCGCCAGUUCCAAGUUACCCGUGAGCGAAUCCGUCAGAUCGAAGCAAAAGCCCUGCGGAAAAUGCGUCACCCAACUCGUAUCCGCAAGCUGGAAGGAUUCAUCGAAAUGCCUAUCUAG